UAUUAAUUAAGCUUCAAAUAAAAUUAUGCUUUAGCCGAGUGCUCAAAGCUUUGUCGGAAGGUUCAGAAAAAACAACUAUUAAAAUCUCGAAAUUGACCUCAUCUCCUUCCUACCUCUAAAACCCUCUGAUACCCCACUGAAAAACUUGAAACCCCAUUCCUCAAAAUGUUCCUCAUAACCGCAAAAAUCCCCCCCAAUUCCCUCAUCAAACUCCUCAUCUCUUCCCCAUCCAAACCUAUUUCUCGCUUCUUUUCCACCACUAUUGCUGAAGAUCGUACCCAGAAACUCGAACGCAUUGCCGACGAGCUCUUUGACCUAACAAAACUCGAACGCUACGACUACUCCAUCCUCUUCCAUCUCAAACUUGGCCUCAACCGCUACGGCCCCGCCGUCUCCGGUGUCACCUCCGCAGCCCCCUCAGCACCCGGAUCCGCUUCGGGCGCAGCCGAAUCGAAAGCCGCAGAAAAGACGGCGUUUGAUAUAAAGCUGGAGAAAUUUGACGCAGCAGCGAAGAUAAAGAUAAUAAAAGAAGUGAGGGCAUUUACAGAAUUGGGAUUAAAGGAAGCUAAAGAUUUGGUGGAGAAAGUUCCGGUUGUGGUUAAAAAGGGAGUUACUAAAGAGGAAGCUGAAGCCAUUAUUAAGAAGCUCCAAGCAUUGGGUGCUGAUAUGUUUCCAAGACUGAGAAUGCUCAAUGAGAUGGAAGUGGAGGCAAUGGCUUUAUCCUUAGUUCAGUUUGAUACUUUGAUUGUUGUGGCAGCGUGUUAUCAACUUUAUUGAUAGUAUCUGGC